UGAUCUGUCAUGUCGUUGUCGUAUCUGUGUUCCAAAUAAAUAAAUAGAACUAAUGAAGAAAUAAUAAACUAUUUAUAUUGUGCUGGGUUUAUGAUGACAACUUGUAAGCGUAUUAAUCAUUUCCUUUGUAAUUCAUUUCGACUGAUUAUUGUUAUCGAUAGACAGUGACUCAUGUGAAAAAAAUGGAAGUAGACGAAAUCGAAAAUUUGGCACUAAUACUGAAAGCAAAUGAAAAGGCAAUUUCAGAAGGCGUAAAAAAAGUCUCUCUAACAACCCAUGUACUCGAGAAAGUGAACAGUUUGGUGAGUUUACAAAUAAAACAACUCAUGAUAAAUCCAACAUGCAUAGAUGUGAGUGACCAGAAUUCGACAGAAACAACAAAGAAAAAUGUCCAAAUCAUAUUCAAAAUGAUGCAGAAUAUCGUGCAUCUCAAGCUGAUUGCAGAUAUUGUACCUAUUGAUAGCACGGUGGAUAUUUCGGAAUUCAGGAAUCUACAGAUACUAGAGUUACAUAAAGUCGAUGUUUCCAAAAUAGCAGGAUUGAAUUCCCAACGGUUACAUUUACAACAACUCAUUUGUUCCAGAGAUUUAGAUUCUUUGAGAGGUUUACUUGAAUAUUGCGGAGGGGACUAUUGCUCAAAAUAUAUCUGGACUGAACUGAAAAAUUUAGUAUUAUCUUAUAACAAAUUGACUGCUUUAGAUGACAGUUUAGAAUGUGUGCCUUGGUUGAGUUCUCUAGAUUUGAGCCACAAUGAACUGACUAAUGUCGAUGAAAUAGGCUGUUUGAAUAAUUUGAAGUAUCUCAAUUUAUCUUUCAAUAAAUUACAGAAGGUACCAAAGUUUUCUGGACAGAUCUGCAAUAGACUUCAGAUUCUGAACCUCGGCAAUAAUUUUUUAGAGGAUAUAUCCCAGCUAAAAAAUCUAGUAAACAUAUGCGAAUUAGAUUUGUCUGACAAUUGCCUUAUCGACCAUUCGGAACUAGUUUCUUUAUCUCAUUUGGCAGCUUUACAUUGGCUUUCCCUGGUUGGAAAUCCCUUAUCGUAUCAUACCAGACAUAUUCAAAAUACCUGCAUCUAUCUCCAUCAAAACGUAGACCCCCAAAGGUUCAUCCUCGAUUUCAUGCAAUUGAGCACGAGUGAUGUCAAAUUGAUUGGAACGUUCCAUCCUUUGAUGCAAAGAUCGAACAGUGACUCAUUGAGCGCAUCUGAGGGUAGUACGAAGUUGUUAACCUCCAUCGAGAGAUCUAAAAAGGUGAGAGAAGUAGAUAUAGAGGACAAUAAAAGCGUUGACAAAGAGCCAGUGCUGUUGCCCCAAUCAUACUCGUCCGUUGAUCAUUUGGAGGUCAGGAAUCACAUACAUAACUUGAGGGAGACUUAUGGAGAAUCCUGGUUGAACUACUACAAAGGGCCGAUAGAAAAGGAUAACUCGAUAAAUAAUUCCCAAGAUAUGAGUGGUUUCACGGUGCUGGAUGAAACUAACAGCAUCACCGAGGAAAAAGAACCGAACAAUGAAAACCAGGACGAAACGGAAAACAACAUUUACAACACCACCGUAGAUGAAACAUCCGAAGAUGAAGAUAUAGAAGUUAAUAGCGAAGAAUCGAUUUACAUGGCUAAGAUUCCCGGUGAAGAAGAGGAUUUAUUUGUGGUUUUCACCAAGGACAGUCUGACUGAAAUCGAUUGUACGACUAGCAAAGAAAGAGCUAGCUGGGUCCUGAGCACAAUAACAAGCUGCGAGUUCAUAGAUGAAGAUCGGUGUACUGUACAGAUUAACUUUGAUACCUUGAGGAAGGAUCGUAAGAUGAGAAUUUACGAUCUUCAAAGUGAGGAUGCCGAAAGGCUGCAUAACUUCAUUGCACAUCUGAUUGACAGCAGGGAAAAACCUGCACUGAAUAAGGUCCUACAAUGUAUGAAGUGCUUGAAACAGAUCCCCAAAGUUGAUGACUUGCUGGCAAGUUAUAAGGAAGAAACUAUGCGAUGUCCUGAUUGUGGUAGCACCAUUCUUGUUGAGGAAAAUAUUAUAGCUGGGGAUUAGUACAUAUCUUCAUAUGAGUUAUUUUGCUUUAUUGACAAUUGUAUAAAUGUGUAUAUCCUACCAGAAAUAUAUUCUAUAUUUGCUA